AUGUCGGUAGCUACUCAUAGUGCCAGGGACAUUUCUUCGAUUGAGCUGAUAUUGCGAAAUAUCGGUCCUUAUAACGAGGUUCCAGAUGAAUACAAUGCUGAUGAGGCUGCCGAGGCUCUCAGAACGACCACUGUAUUGGUUAUAGGUGCCGGAGGUUUGGGCUGCGAAAUCCUCAAGAAUUUGGCCCUUACUGGCUUCAAAAAGAUCCAUGUGAUAGACAUGGACACAAUCGACGUGUCCAACUUGAACAGACAGUUUCUCUUUCGUCCCAAAGACGUGGGUCACUCAAAGGCCGAGGUGGCUGCACGGUUUAUACAAGAACGAAUCGGUGACGAAGAGUUGAAGAUCACGCCAUACUUUGGAAAGAUCCAGGAUAAACCUUUGGAAUACUAUCGCCAGUUUGGAGUUAUUGUCUGUGGAUUGGAUAGUAUAGAAGCCCGAAGAUGGAUAAAUGCCACUGUAGUCAGCCUUGUAGAUUCCGAGUUGAACAACUUGAUACCCAUGGUUGACGGUGGAACCGAGGGAUUUCGUGGGCAGUCCCGUGUGAUUCUCCCGACAUUGACAUCUUGCUACGAAUGUACUCUCGAUUUGCUAUCGCCGAAAACGACGUAUCCCGUUUGUACCAUUGCGAAUACGCCUAGAUUGCCUGAACAUUGUAUAGAAUUUGCUUCAGUAAUCGAGUGGCCAAAACACUUUCCUGGUCGCAAGUUCGAUGCUGACGACCCAGAACUGGUUCAAUGGAUGUAUGAGACAGCUUUGGCUAGAGCUAAGCUAUUCAACAUCCAAGGCGUUACCAAACAAUUGACCUUAGGGGUUGUUAAGAAUAUAAUACCUGCAAUAGCCUCUACUAACGCUAUCAUAGCUGCAUCGUGUUGCAACGAAGCCUUCAAAAUCGUCACCAACACCAAUCCCAUCCUAAACAACUAUAUGAUGUAUGCUGGAGACGAAUCCAUAUUCACAUACACAUAUGCCCAUAGCCGCAGGCCUAACUGUCCCGUGUGUGGCAACAUGUCCAAGAAAGUUAUAGCGAAAAACUGGUGGACACUAGAUAGAUUCAUCGAAGAAAUCUCUGGCAAACAAGAGAUCCAAAUGCUGCUGCCUUCAUUAACAACAGCUGAGAAAUCUCUCUACUUGCGCAACCCUCCUAAUUUGGAACAAGCCACAAGACCAAACUUGGCCAAAAAGUUCAACACCUUGGUAAGAGCUGGAGACGAAGUAGUGAUCACAGAUCCCAACCUUCCUAUCUCAUUAAGGUUAACUGUGGAGUUUACUGGUCCUGAAGUAGAACCCGACGAUGUCAACUCCAGUCUAAUGUAA